GAUUGGUCAAACUGUUUUUGUAAUUUUAAGGAAAGUACAUAACUAUAUGUAUAAUAGUAGAAUGAACACGUAAUCCGAUUUUUUUCAGUUUUCACUAGCUUUUAAUUUUCUUAAUAAUUGGCAUAUUAAUAUUUUAUGUACAAAAAGACGAAAAUGUUAUCUGAUUUCAGUAUUUAUUUCAAUAUCUUAAUCUUUCUAACCCCUUUGGAUGCUUAUUCUGUUAAAGAAUUAAGAAAUAUUUUUCAAGAUGAAUUUUGUAUUGAAGGAAACAUAAAUUCAAUUACUUCGAAAUUAUCGGAUCACAAGAACGAAAAAGACACAAGUAUAGAUGGUAUUUUGAACCUCACGUUGUUCGGAAAAACAGAAGCAUCUGAAAAGUCUGUAUUAUCUAGAUUAAACGAACUAGUAGAUUACAAUCAAAUUGAUUCAUAUUUUAACCUUGAAAGUGAAGAGGGCCCCGCUCAUAAUAAGUUAUUCACUGUUAAGCUAACUUUGGGCAAAGAAACUUACUUUGGACAAGGAAAGAGUCAUAAGAAGGCCAAACAAGAUGCUGCUAUGAAAGUUUUUGGAAAAACUGAGUAUGAAUCACCUCCGAUUAAAGAUAAAGAUGAAAUCGAAGAAUUAACUCCAACAGUUUUAUUAAACAAUGUCGCAUUUAAAUUGGGCAUUGGUGUUACAUAUUACCUUUUAGAUAAAAAUAAAGAGGAAAUUCUUCAUUCAAAUAUAAUCCUAACUGAAAAAUCAAAAGAUUACCUGAAGAAACUGAACUCCUCUAUUUAUGCUGAUAAAAAUUUACGAAUGAAAAAAGAUAUAGACGCAACCAAAGGUCCUUUUAGAUUAAAAUUGAAAUUUGGAGAACAAACUUUUUUUGUUACAUCACAUUCCAUACAAUCAGGUAGACACGAAGUGGCUUCAAUGGCACUUGAUUACCUGGUGAAAAAUAAGGAUAAUAUGGAUAUUGCAUGUCUUAAAGAAGGUUCAGAAGCUGAAUGUAAACAGAACAAAAAUGAUUUAAAAUCUCCUGUAUCCAAAGUAUACGAGGAAGCUCAAAAAAGAAAAUUGGGAGUAGAGUUUGAAAUAACUAAAGAAUCUGGACCUCCUCACAAAAGAACCUUCAUUACGCAAUGUAGACUAGGUGGAUUGGUUACUACAGGUGAAGGCAAGUCUAAAAAGGAAUCCAAAAAAGUUGCAGCAAUUAAUAUGUUGGAAAAAAUAGCAGAGUUGGAACCUUUAUCGAUAGAAGCAGAGACCAAACAUUUGUUGGGCAAAUCAAAGAAUAAGAAACGAAAUAAAAAGAAUAAAUUGAUCAAAACUAAACUUGAUGAAAUAGAAAUGGUUCUUGAUAAAGUUGGUAAAUCUGUACUAGGAAUGGCGACAUCGAUAUUUGGAGAUUCUGAUGAGUCUACUAAAGCUGCAGAUGAUUUUGAUAGCAAGAGAAAAAGUACAAAUCGACAUGAUGGUGGUAUACCUAGAAACAAUAAGAAAUGUUUCACUGAAGAAUUGCUACAACUUAGUAAAAUACUAAAUAUAAAAAUGUCAUUUUCUGACUUUACAGAAAAAGACCAAAGUGUAUCAUUGUUAUCUCUAUACACUAAUCCAGAAUACACUUGUUUUGGAGAAAGUAUUUCAGAUACUGGUGCCCGUAACAUAGCAGCUGGCAAUGGUUUGAAUUUAUUAAACAAAAUGGGAAUAUAUGAUUUGUUUGUUGAAGAAAAAGAAAAUUCUUUAAAAAGGGAGACCAAAGAUGGAGUUAGAGUCGUUUUGGACCAAGUAGUUUCUAAAGAUAAAGAAGAAUUAUGAAGACAUUCUUUGAUUAAGUUUUUUGGUAUUAUAUUUUAAUGUUUUUGUUAAUAAUUGAAAAUUUUUGAUAAAUUUAAUAAAAAUUCUACCAUAUU